AUGUUCUGGAAGCGAUGGCCGGUGGAGCCGCCCGACCCGGACGCUGACUCGGAGCCGGUCCGACCCACCCCGGACGACCCUGCGUCCAUUCGCCGUGAGAUCCAGCUGCUGAGGGACUGCCGCGAGUCGCUGCACAACCAGCGGCGGCGGAUCAACUCCAAACUGCAUCAGGGUCGUCAGCUGGACGCGGCCGAGACGCGGCGGCUGCUCGAGCUCGACGAGGCCAUGCACGCCGUGGACGAGGUGCUCGAGCACAAGGCGUGUCGGCUGGCGGGUGGCGCGGCGCCAGAGGACGGCCGACGGCUGCUGCUCAACCAGCGGCAGCUGAUGCCCCGCCUGCUGGGACUGGCCGCCGUCGAACUGCGGCUCCUCUACUGCAGGACCUUUCAGAGACUGGUGGAUCAGCGUAUCGAUGGGAGGGAGAAGGACCUGGCCGUGGCUGAUUUGGAUGCGCAGACGGAGGAGCAGGUGCGCGGCCUGAAGCGGCUCCAGCGGAUGGUCCACGACCUGAUGCGCGAGCGCAGCCACUACCGGCGGCAGCGGGACGAGCUGCGGCGCCGACUGCACGGGCCGCGCGGCUCGGGCCACGCGCCGCUGGCGGCCGCCGCGCCGCCCCCGCCCCCGCCGGCGGCCGCCGCCCACGGCAUGGCGCUGGACCCGGCGGCGGCGGCGGCGGCCGUACAGCCGGCUCCUCUGGUUCACAGCCGGGCGCCGAGCGACGCCAGCAGUGCGCCAGAGCCGGUACUGGCGCCCACGUCUGCGCCGAACCGGCUGCGUCAGAUGCUCCUGUCGGGACUCAGCCGGCCGGCGACGUCGGCGCCCGCCGCGCGCGUCACACGACAGCGAAAUCGGAUCAUCAUUCAGUCGGCGUCGCAGUCGGCCGAGAAACGCACCAAGCGGUGACGAUCUAUCGGCGUCAGGUGGGCGACCGAGGGCCUCGCGCCGGGCGGGCGGGCGGCGAGGGAGGGGUAGCCGGGGUCCGGGCGGGACGUGGUGUCUUUUAGAGAUGGCCUGUUUCGUCAGGGUGAUCGCUUAUGCCUUGAUAUACCGUGGAGGGAUAGACGACGCUCAAACAGCAGUUUUUUGGCUGAUGCUGACGUGCCUUGUGACGGGGAUUCAGUGGUACGCCCUUUCCUCUCGGUACGUUCAUAGGAGGAGUACCCGAGCUGGGGAGGUACUUGCCACAAGGGAGGGGCUGGUUCGGGCGGCAGUAACCCGAACUCGCCUGGUGGAAGUGUUUGGCUUGCCUCCCAAUCAGAGCUACUGGGAGACUGGGACGGGCUGAUCCAUACACAAACGGUAUUGGUCCUCCCCCUCCCCUUACUCAGCUGGAACCGAUAGAAUCAUCAUUCUUUUACACGCUAUUUUAUGUACUUAAUCGCUACAUACCAUCGGCUGGAGAUUAUGCCUCUUUUAACGUUAUCAUAAUGGAAGGAGGCUUUACUUUCACAUUAUUGUGUACCUCCUUCAGUAAAAAAUGCACAAGUGCCCUUCAUCUGAAAGAGCACAAAACACGGUGGUCUGCCAUUACUUUUUUACAUCUGGACCGCGAUUAUCCAUCAGUGCAUCGCCUGCAUACAUGGCUGCUCCUAGAUUCCGGCGUGGUAAGCGCUCCGAAUACUCAUCAGUAGCGUCACUCGAGAGCUAUGUGUUUUGCGUUUUGCUUUAAAUUUGGAUUUUGUGUUUUAUUUUUCGGAAUUAUUUAUCGUGACCUUUUGUAUUGCCUUUCGCGUUAUGCCAAUUGUACCAUGAGGCAUAUUCGGUUCAUUCUUCGCAUUAUUCCUAUCUGGACUUUGCACUCAUCAACACGCGUCGUUGUCUUUAAUUAUCGUGCGAUGGGCACUCGGCUGUUGGCAUCACACCACAGGAAGCUGUCAUUAUUUUUUAAUGCUGCACGGUUUUCCGAGGCAUCCGUCACCUAAUACUCUAUGAAAUGUCGAUAACGCCGAUGUCAUUCAUUGAUUGUCGCUGAUAAUGUAAGAGCAGUCUCGAUGGUAGGAGCGUGUGUGAGACAGACGAGCUUACUGCCGUGUGAGCUUUUUGCUGAUGUGUGGGGUAGUUUACGUCGUAUUUGCCGAUAAAUACUCCGAUUUGAUUGUGACGAUCGUUAAUGUUUAGACUUGUAUUCAUCUGUAUUUUUGCGACUGCAUGUCAUCCAUUUUGCUACGAAUCAACGAAUUGUGAGGACUGUGUUGCGAGUUGACUUUCUAGCGCGUAGCUGUUGUAGUUAGGUGAGCCUUUCCUUGGACUAACGCUGUGAUAAAAUGUGCCUCGACUGAGCCGCGGCUUGCCUUGAUUGGCGGUGUGUUUUCGCUGUGGGAGUCUUCCAGCCUGCCUGUCUGUAUGGAGGAAGCUGACCGGCGCCGAAUUCAUUGUGUUUGGCCACGUUAAACAGGUGUAUGUAUAGUCUCGUGUGUGUAAUCAGUACUGCCAUUUGGGGAGACCACGUCGAGACGGCUUGCUACUCUGUGAAUAUGUAAUCUCACAUGAAACUCACUGUUCGAACGUCUGUGAUGCCGUGUGCCGCUCCCUCGCUCUGUGAUGCUGGCCUCUCGUCAUACUCAUCGUCAUCAGCGGCAGCAUACGGAGUAGCAUGUUCAUCCCUCGCCAUCCAUCAUGUUUGCCAUCCUCGUAUCCAGUGUUCAAUACAUUCACAUGGAACUGUAA